UUGACACGGUAUCCAAAUAAAAAUGACUUAUCACCGGUGAGUGAAGCGCGGCUGGAACUGCAGUUGACUUAAAAUGUGUUUAAACUGCAAAUAGGGAACUAACUUUAAAAAAGGGAUGGUUCAUCUUUUUCCGUAAGUAAAUCUGAACAGUCGAAUGAUAUUUACAUCCAUACGUCAGUGUAUUUAUUGUAAUAUUAUGGAAGGUGAGAUGAAUGAAUACAGCAGUAGCCCACAAAACGAUGCUUUCGCUGGGGAGGAACGCACUGAAACAACCUGUAAUGUAACUGAGGAUCCGAUCCCAAGCCCCGCCGGACCGUGGACCAGCCGCGGGGCUCUGGCGCGGCUGUCGAGAUAUGGGAAGCAUAUUCUGCCCAAUUCCUUCACGCGUAGGUCGGGAUUACAGAGGCAGCUGGAGGUGAGUGACUCGACCCCGGGCGCUCUGCAUGGGUACUCCGCUGACGCUCCGGAGAGAGGGUCGCUCACUCCAGCUAUGCGUAAGAAAUACCUGAAGGAAUUACUGUUCAAUAACACGUCAAAUACUGGAUUUGGUGGCGUGCUUUCAACGAAUACGACGAGCACGUCUUCGAGGGAUGAGCAAGACACCCAGCGAUCGGACUGGGCUUUAUAUCCGAUGGAGCACGCCUGGAUGAUGUCCGCUGUGGAUGGAAACUAUGAAGCCAUAUUUGAAUUUAUUGCUGACGAACCAUACUUACUGACCAGGAAGGACUUUAUUAGUGGCUUCUCUGUUCUCCACUGGUUGGCCAAGAGUGGACACGGUGAGACUUUGACUAAACUUUUAAAACACGCGGAAAACGUGGGAAGUCCAGCCGAUGUGAAUCUGAGAGGCAGCGGGGGUCUGACCCCCCUGCACGUCGCCAGUAUGCACAGCCAGUUCAUGGUGGUUAAACUGCUAGUCGGUGCCUUCGGUGCGAAAGUUGACGUGAUGGACUACAAUGGCAAGAGAGCCUGGCAGUAUCUGAAGGGAAACGCCCCACUGGAGAUGAAGGAGCUGCUGGGUGCGUGGGAUGAGGAGCAUAACACGGACUACGCGCAGAACGCCAACAACAGUGCAUCGUGUACGCCAAACCCGACCCCAAGUGUGGACCCCCGGUUGGACGAGGUGGACUCGCUUAACAGGACCAGAGCUGAGGGUCGGCUUGUCACAUAUUUAAGAGACGUGUUCCAGGCUUUCAAUUUCUGGGGGAAUAAAUGAGAUGACAUUUGACACUUUCAAACCAAAUAGGACGCCGAAAGCAUACAAAGAAAGUGGAUAAUUUUCUAAAGAACUUAAUUGAGAAGGCUAGUAUAUUAUUUAACCCUUCAUUAAGGACACUUAUUCACUACCAUUAACUGCCGUCACCUUUCCCAUGAUUGUUUGCAGUCUCACUUUAAAGUCGUCCUGUCUGCCCAGUACCAAAAUGUUAAUGAAAGAUGUUCUUGAGUGCAUGUCACGUGUUGAUUCACAGAUAUUAAAAUCCAAGCUGACAGCAUUCCA